AACACAUCAGAUACUGAGUUCAGGGUUAGGCUCAGAGUCAACAUAGGACCGCAAAUACAUCAGAGUUAUUUAGCUCACUUGGCAACGAACUCAGCAUUUUAACAGUCGCCCAGUUUCUCCAAAUGUAACGUUAUUUUAAUCAAAAACUGUAGUUAGCGAUCUCAAAUAUUAGCCGGAUUUGCACAGAAAGCAACUGAUAAGCAGUGUUGGGGUUACUCAAAAAAUGUAAUUUAUUGUACAUUACUAACAUAAGUGUUAGCAUGUUGCCUUUGCAGUUGCUGCUGUGUGGUGUAUUCACAGCAGUGGAUAGUUGUUUCUGGCCUGGGCACAGUUUGUACUUUACCGUCACAUUCUCGUCUUUUCGCGUAACAACUUCGAAGUAGUGUGCAUACCUCCACCACUCAAAAGUUGUAGACCGCUCUGCCAUUUUUGUCUUUGCUCCCACACGUGUAUACAUGUGUGUCGGAACUCAAGUUAAAAUCAUGUCAUGAGAGGUCAGGCGAUUGUUGCACAAGCGUGCAUGAAAGGCACCUUUGAUUAUUGUUUAAUGCAGAUAACUGGAGAACCUGUGUAACGCAGGUAACGACGGAAUUUUUAACGGAUUAGUAACUCUAAUGUGAUUACUGAAUGUAGGAAUACUAACGCGUUACAUUACUGCGUUAUAGACAGAUGUGCUGUGAUUACAGUAACCAACACUGGUAGGAGAUGCAGACUCAACAGAACAAAAAUAAUAAACGGGAAUGAUUUGACGAAAUUCAUAAGCUAUGUCUACAUUAAUCAGACAAAUAUACACUAUCGCCUCUCUCGCAUCCAUAUUCGUCACCACCUCUCCAUAUAAAAGACAAUUGCUUCAGUAAUAACGGGCAAUAAGAAGAUUCUGAUAUUGUAUGGCUAAGAUACAUUUACUGUGUGCCGACAAAUUAGUUUAAUAUAAUUCGCAUGUUAUAUCAUAAUAUGCUAUUUUUUACCAUGGAUGUAUUAGAAGAGCUCUAAUAAUACAUCCAUGAUUUUUACGCGUCAGUGUUUCAUAACCCGGAAGGGGUCAUUGUUGUGUAAACGGACUUCCGGAUGGCACAUCCCGUAGUAGUACAACAAUGGCUGAAGCGAAGUCAAAAUGUCACUGCUGUGUACCUCAUUGUCAAGCGAACAAACAACGGCAACCUUACUUAAGUUUUCAUGGCUUUCCUAGUGAUAUAAUUGAAAGGAAGAAGUGGGUUCAAGCAAUUCGUAGAGAUGAAGGUCCGGACUUUACAGUACUCCGAGGAAGUACAUUUGUUUGUAGCCGGCACUUCAAUCAAGUUGACUUCACGCCAGCAACCGAUCGCAAGCGGCUGAAAGUCGGGAUAGUCCCCUCCCGUUUCCAGUGGAAUAACUGGGGAGAGUCACAGCAAGAGUCCGUUUAUGAUAGAGCAACAACUGGCUUGGGCCAUGAUGUUCACUGGUGUGAGGACGCCUCCCCUGGGUCAAUAGAUCACAACUACGCGGCUGGUCCUGCUCCAGGUGUACUGGAAACAGAGCCGCCACAACUGACAGUGAGCCAUUUGCAUUUUCAUGGGUUUUGUGUCUCCGAUGAGAAUAUCCACUUCUAUACGAGGUUUGCUUCGAAAGAGGUUUUUCAUGCCUUCUGGGAGACUGUUCAACCAUCUGCAUCUAUGCUGGUUUACUGGUCACAGGCGCAGAAAAAGGGACAAAUAUUUGCACCCACUUUUCCUAGUUCAAUACGCAGGUUGCAAUUAAUUGAUGAGUUUUUUCUGUACUGUUGCCGUGUUGCUGCAGGCCUGAAAGAGACUGUGCUGGCUGACAUCUUUCAGGUCAGUGUGUCCACAGUCUGCAGCAUUGUAAUAACUUGGGCUAACUACCUCUACCUGCUCUUCAGCUCCUUGCCCAUCUGGAUGAGCAGACGGCAAGUGGAGUCCACAAUGCCGCUCAAAUUCAGGCAGUACAGUCCAGAGGUGAGGGUGAUCAUCAACUGUACAAAGGUUUGGUGCGAGAUCCCAUCAUCCCUCUCUCUCCAAUCAGAGGAUUUCUCAAUCUACAAAAAUAUUACAACCUUGAAGGGGUUAAUUGGGAUUGCCCCAUGUGGUGCUGUGACUUUUGUGUCCAGUCUCUAUGCUGGCUCCAUCUCAGAUCGAGAGCUCACUGAAAGGUGUGGCAUACUUGACUUACUGGAGCCAGGAGAUGGCUGCGUGGCAGACAGAGGGUUCACCAUUGAGAAGAUGCUGGCUAAGCGUGGGGCAAAGCUGAUCAUACCCCCAUUUAAAACCACAGCGCAGUUCAGCAAAAAAGGUGCUCUGAAAAGACAAGCCAUAGCUCGACUUCGAAUUCGUGUUAAAAGAACAAUCAGAAGAGUGAAAGAGUAUCACAUCUGGGACACCACUCUUCCUUUAUCUUUGUCUGGGACAGUCAACCAGCUGUGGACCAACUGCUGCUUGAUGACCAACUUUCAGGGACCACUUGAUUUGAACUUAACUUAACUAAGUACAUUUACUCAAGUACUGUACUUAAAGUACAAUUUUGAGGUACUUUUAUUUUACUUGAGUAUUUCCA